GCUCUUCCAGUUCUUCUAGGGACUUAGCCUUGCUUGUGGUUUACAUCUCGUACCACUAGCUGGAGAUCCAGUAUGCAGAUAAUCACAAAGCAACACUUGUUUCGGACGACUUCGUUGAACAUGAAAAUUUCCUAGAAUCACAAAUCUCACAGGAGCUGUCAGAAGGCGUAGAAAAGAAAAACACUGGAGAUAUUAGUAGGCCGGCGUAGCCCAAGUGCUCCCCUUUUACUGGAACACUGCAGAGAUGCCUGAGGUCCGGGACCUUUCAGAGGCCUUGCCAGAGAUGUCUAUGGAUCCAAUCACUGGAGUUGGAGUAGUGGCUUCCAGGAACAGGGCCCCCUCUGGAUAUGAUGUGAUAUCUAUAACAACAGAUGGCCUGGAUGCAGACUUGUGGAAAGAUGGCCUUUUCAAAUCCAAGGUGACCCGUUACCUGUGUUUCACCAGAGUUUUCUCUAAAGAAAAUAGCCAUUUAGGCAAUGUUCUUGUAGACAUGAAGUUGAUUGAUAUAAAGGACACUUUGCCAGUGGGCUUCAUCCCAAUCCAGGAGACUGUCGACACUCAAGAGCAGGCCUUCAGAAAGAGGCGGCUUUGUAUCAAGUUUAUUCCGAGAGAUUCAACAGAGGCAGCUAUCUGUGACAUCCGUAUCUUGGGACGAACCAAACAGGCCCCUCCUCAGUAUACCUUUAUUGGGGAACUCAACAACAUGGGAAUCUGGUAUCGCAUGGGGAACGUUGAUCGUGCUCAAGAACCAAUGCACACACCAACAACCAUCAAUGUCCAAAAUGCUAAUUCCUCCACUGUGCCAGUCUCAGCUGCUCCUAUUCCCAAGCAUAUUUCCAUGACCCUGCCAGCUAGCUUCAGAGGAAAGACCACCACCAGACCAGACUAUGAGCAUCAGAACUCCAAUCUGUAUGCUAUCUCAGCUAUGGAUGGAGUGCCUUUUAUGAUUUCUGAGAAGUUUGCCUGCACCUCUCCUGAACUGCAGCAAGUGGAUCUGAUGGGUAUUACUAUCAAGUCUCUAGCUGAGAUUGAAAAAGAGUUGGAGCUCAGCGAGGUUGGAUGGAGAGCGACGUGAACAGCAGUUUUCAGCUCUUUCCACAGAUUCUUGAUUGGAUUCAGUAUGAUUACAGCUUCCGCACUGAGCACAGUGCAGCAGCUCGCCUCCCUCCCAGUCCAACACGAACCUCCUUGAGCUCUGAAGCCUGAUGCACCAGUUCUUAGCAACUCUCUAGGCAAUAAAUUCCAGCAAGAGAGACAUGUUGAUGUUGAAUACCUGCCCACACCAAACAGUGAACCACCAACCUCUGUAGGGCGAAGCUGGAGCCAUGCAUACAACACAGAGGAGCUGGCUGUUAAGAGGACUGAGAUUAUGGAUUUAUUUUGCUGCAAAUGUUGGAGAAUCUCGGUCGUACACAUUACAUCCAAAACAAAGGAUGUUUUAUAAACAUGGUGAAAUCAUCCCAAAUAGUGAUGGAGAACGUCUGUUGAGCUUUUAUUAUUCUCUAAAAGCAAAUGCGCCAACUUCUAAAGUACCUGCUGCUGUGUUCUGAAUCAACGCAUCAACAGGGAAGUUCAAGUUUUUCUGGUCUGUAUGGAAAAAUACAUUGUCCUCUUCUUGUUACUGUUGUAUACUGUUUUGACUGUAAGUGCACUUUGUGUUUGGGACUUUUGGUGUGCUUCCGUUUUGCCUGAGAUAUUUUGUAACCACUUUCAAUAUUUUUUACAUGAGCCAACAUCUUGUGAGCCACUGUUACAGUUUGCUAACUCCUAUCAUGGCUUCCACUGCUUAGUUACCAAAACCACUAUGAAGUCUCAGCUAAAUUGGCUGAAUGCUAAAUGUGGCUGACUAUUAACAUUAGAGUAAAUACAUCGCCUUCAUACUUUUUUUCUUCAUUCUGUAGGGAAAAAAAUAGCAUGUUUGUUUUACUGGUUAAACAACUUCCUGAGUUGACUUCAACCGCUCUGUGAUGUAUUUCAGGACGUCUUUAAACAAUUAAAAAGACUUUUCAGAAUAUGUAUUUUUAAUUGUUUCUUAAAAAAACAAUUGAGUUUAUGGAUCCUGUAUAGAAAAAAUCAUGCUUCGACUUUGGAUUCAGAUUCCACCUUCUAAAGCAUAUGUUUGUUUAUAAUCCCCAGAUUUCUUAUGGUCGUCUGUAAUAUUGAUAUUAUAGGAAUUUGUAACAACAGCAAGAGGCCAAAUGAGUUUUCAGUCAUUACGCCCUUGUAUUAAUUACUAACAACAUUUAAAGGAGUAGAUUCAUUCACUGACAGAUAUUUUUUAUUUAAUGUUACAGUCUGCUGCUGAGGGAGACAUUUUAUUCCUUGUUUUUUAGUUGUCUGUUUAAGCUUUGGAUUCUUAUGCUCAAGCUUUUAUGAGCCCACAGUCACCCUGAGUUAGUCUGUGAAUAUUAUUCACUGUGUUUUGAUGUAUUUCAACUCCAAAUGUAUUGGUAAUAACCUGGCAAUUUUCUGUUACUUAACUCACUCCAAAUACUUAGGUAUUAAAUGUUUGGUAUUUGCAGUUUUAUCAAGUCACUACACAGAAUAACAAAAUUUUCUACUGUCUGUAUAAUUUAUUAGUUUAUUGUGACCAUGUUUUCUGUUAGGCUCAUUUCUGUUCAUUAGAGAAAACAAAACCUGGAAAAAAGCCCUUGGUUCUGUUGAUAUUGUUAUCAGGAUAAAAAAAAGUCUGUGCUUGCUCUCAGUUAAGAUAUGUGUUAUUUUUUAGAUUUAGUGUUCACUUCAAAGACUGGCUAAACAGUUAACAGCUCACUGACUCUGUUUUCAAAGUGUUUGUUAGUCUGCUUGCAUGGUGACCCAAUAAAGCAUCAGAAGAUUUAGAAUAUGUUUUAGGGUAAUAAAAUAAGAUUUUGUUUCUCAAACAGAUUUUAUUCUGUAUAAACAAAUCAACUUUAGUGGAAAUUGUGUUACAAGGAUGGUCUAUUAAAAUGUGAUAAACAUCAACAUAUCAAAGGGUUUUUUUCUUCUCACAAAAGAACAGAUAAAGAUCUGGUAACCUUGAGCCCUUCAUUUCUGUAUAUUUCAGUUAAUAUUUUUCAUACUCACCCAAGCAGCCAGACCUUUUCAUAAUUUUUGGUGUAUUCCACAUAACUAUUGCCAAAAUGAUUUGCUCACCUGACUUGACUGGCACAUGAGCUUAAGUACCAUCCCUUUCCUAAUCCACAGGGUUCAAUUUCAUGUUGAUCCCACUUUGUGGCUAGAAAGGCUUAAACUUUUCUGGGAAGGCUGUCCACAAGGUUUAUGAGUGUUUAUGGGAAUUUUUGACAAUUCUUCCAGAAGCGCAUUUGUAAGGUCACAUACUGAUGUUGGACAAGAAACCUGGCUCUCAGGAACUGCUAUAAUUCAUCCCAAAGGUGUUCUGUCAGGUAGAGAUCAGGACUCUGUCAAGUUCAUUCACACCAGACUGCCAUUCAUGCCUUUAAGGGCUUUGCUUUGUGCACUGGUGCACAGUCAUGUUGAAAGAGGAAGAGUGCAGCUGCAAGCUUUUCUCACAAAGUUGGGACCAUGGAAUUGUCCAAAAAGUCUUGGUAUGCUGAAGCAUUCGGAGCUCCUUUCACUAGAACUAAGGAGUAAAUCCCAGCUCCUGAAAAGCAACCCCACACUAUAAUCCCUCUCCACCAAACUUUACACUUGGCACAAUGGUGUUCCAAUUUUGAUUGGAACACCGUCUUGCAAAUAUGCUCACAUUUUGCCAAAAGUGAGCAAAUACCUUUGGCAAUAGAGUGUGUAACAUUAAAAGAAAAAGAAAAGAAAAAAAGAUGAAGCUUACAUCAUAAUCAUUCAGUACAAUUAUAUAUAAACAGUUGUCAAUAUAUUCUAAUCUAUACAUAUGAAUCAAAAUCUGAAAAAAAAUAAGAGUAGCAUUUUUGAUAAUAGAAUUUUACUUAAAAUAGGAAAAACAAAUCACAGAUGUAUUAUCAGUAUAUACAGGACAAAUGUUGGCAAUAUUAGUUGUAAUAUGGGUAGAAGACAUAAAAUCAUUUACAAACAAUUUGUUCAGACUGUGGUGGUGUACGGGCAAAAGCACAACCCACGUUUUGAGGCCUUAGUCCCGGUGGCGGUGGUCACGGGUUCAAUUCCCGGCCUGGCGACAUUUACCGCAUGUCUUCCCCCUCUCUCAUUACCCCAUGUUCUGUCGUAUUACUUUCAAAUAAAGGCCACUAGAGCCAACAAAACCUUAAAAAAAACAUUUGAUUGGUGGUCAAAAUGCAUUGAUAAAAGUUGACUGGCAAUGAAUUGAUUCUGCCUCUUUUUAAAGUAAAAAAAAUAGCCAGUAAAAUGAGACUCAGUCAUUUUAAACUCAGUGCAGUAGUUUGACCAACAAAAAUAAAAUCUAUAAAAUAUAAUUUGUUCUUCUUGAAUACCUCUCCACAUCAGUGCAACAGUUUUACCUACAAAUAUCAUUAAAAAUUAUGCUUUUCACAUCCAACAGACAACUUAGCUCUUCACUGAUAACUCAGUCUCACUGUCCAGCCCUGCAUUCAGCAACUUCAUUUUCCACUUUUUAGUCAAACAUGAGCCAUGGCUCUCAAAAGGUUGAAAAACACAAACUGUUGCAAAAAAAAAGCCAAAAUAUUUUUAUGUCCUGUCAUUUCAGCCAUAAAUUAAAAUGUAAAUAUUUA